AAGUUGUCGACAUCAUAUUUGGCUAACUGCUAAGCUAACCUUAAGUCAGUCAGCCGUUGUGGUCAGAGGAUAUAAAAUUAAUGAUAGAUUUAACAUCCCUUUGUUUCCCCUGUCGGGUGUAUGUUAACUGUAGUGAUGAUAUUAAUCAGUACACGUGUCCACGUCAGGCGUUGCAGUACAAUUCUGUAGUUUUAAUCACUUAGCGGUGGCUAAUUUUCAGAGCACACAUUAGCCGGAGUCUUGAGGAGCACUCAGGGGCGUCAGGCUGCUAAGGCUAGCUAGCUGGCGACCAAGUGACACAUCGAGGAAUAUUAAUAUAAGUGGAUAAAGCACCGACAGUAAACGCUGUUACAUGUUGUCGGUGUACAGUUAGUUACCCAAGGAGCUAGCAUCGUCGCAAAGCUAGCUCUGCUAACAAAGCUAUCAAAACAAGACGCUGGGAUUGGUCUGCGCAGGAGGAAGUCUGCUAACCUGGAGCUGGCAUCGCUAUAUUUUCGUCUUUAAAACCUGGCUGUUGGGCUUGACAACCACCAAGAAGAUGUCAGAGGGAGAUAACAAGCAGGCCUCCGACUCUGCAGCCCAGGAAGUGAAGACUGAGUCGGUGGCAGCUGCUCCCACCGGUCAGACCGUGUCUCCCCCUGUGUCCAUGGUCACCCAGCCUCCAGCCACUGCUGCCACGGAGGAUGAGGAAGAGGAGAGCGAGGAUGAGUCGGAGAUUUUGGAGGAAAGCCCCUGUGGACGUUGGCAGAAACGCAGAGAAGAGGUGAAUCAGCGCAAUGUCCCUGGGAUCGAUAAUGCUUACUUGGCCAUGGACACGGAGGAAGGAGUGGAGGUGGUGUGGAAUGAGGUCAUGUUCUCAGAAAGGAAAAAUUUCAAGCUACAGGAGGAAAAAGUCAAAGCAGUUUUUGAUAAUUUGAUCCAGCUGGAGCAUCUGAACAUUGUGAAGUUUCACAAGUACUGGGCGGACGUCAAAGAGAACAGAGCGAGGGUCAUUUUCAUCACUGAGUACAUGUCCUCUGGAAGUCUCAAGCAGUUUUUGAAGAAGACGAAGAAAAACCACAAGACCAUGAAUGAAAAGGCUUGGAAGCGCUGGUGCACACAGAUACUGUCUGCCCUCAGCUACCUGCACUCCUGUGAACCUCCCAUCAUCCACGGAAACCUGACCUGUGACACCAUCUUCAUCCAGCACAACGGCCUCAUCAAGAUCGGCUCAGUUGCUCCGGACACCAUCAACAACCAUGUGAAAACGUGUCGGGAAGAGCAGAAGAGCCUUCACUUCUUUGCUCCGGAAUAUGGAGCUGUUGCCAAUGUCACCACAGCCGUGGACAUCUAUUCCUUUGGGAUGUGCGCCUUAGAGAUGGCUGUGUUGGAAAUCCAGAGUAACGGAGAUUCAUCGUAUGUGUCCCAAGAAGCCAUAAACAGUGCCAUUCAGUCGCUGGAGGACCCUUUGCAGCGGGAAUUUAUCCAGAAGUGUCUGGAGGUGGACCCCAGUAAGCGGCCCACUGCUAAGGAGCUGCUGUUUCACCAGGCCUUGUUCGAGGUGCCAUUACUGAAGCUGCUGGCUGCACACUGCAUCGUCAGCCACCAACAUAUGAUUCCAGAAAAUGCUUUAGAAGAGAUGACGAAGAACAUGGACCCGAACCUGGUGAUUGUCGAGGCCAAAGAGGGCGUUCAGAUGAAGCUCUCUCAGUUCCCGGCUCUUGAGCUGGACAAGUUCCUGGAGGAUGUGAGGAAUGGGAUCUACCCUCUGACGGCGUUUGGGGUACCGUGUCCUCAGCAGCCUCAGCAGGAGACGGUGAAGUCGCCCAUUGUGCCGCCCUCAGUGAAAUCCCCGACUCCUGAACCUGCAGAGCUGGAGACCAGGAAGGUCCUUCAGAUGCAGUGCAAUAUUGAGCCUGUGGACGAGGGCAGCAAGCAUCAUCUGACCUUACUGUUGAAGCUGGAGGAUAAACUGAACAGGCACUUGAGCUGCGAUUUGUUACCAAAUGAGAACGUGAACGAGCUGUCGGUGGAACUGGUUCAGCUCGGGUUCAUCAGUGAGGGCGAUCAGCCACGACUUGCGUCGGUUCUUGAAGAGGCCUUCUCCAAGUUCUACAGCCGGAACGGUUCUCUGAACCCGGUGACUGUGUCCUCGUAGCGGAGGACUCCCUCGGCCUUCUCUUAGCCUCCUCGUCAACAGGACUAGCUUUUUGCCUCUGAUUUGCAGAAGCUUAGCGAGGACAGGAGGAAGCCUUGCUCCGGCUGCGGGUCCUGCUGUCAGAUCUCCUGGUGGGAAAAGUUGCCACUAAGUGGUUGUCGCUUUCUAUCUUAUUUUUCCCUCCUCCCACACCAAAACAGCCAUCUGCUUCUCUUCUGACAGAGGGAAUCCUAGUCGCGACUUUAAGGAAAAUACAAAUGUGUUCACCUUUUGGCUUUUCUCCUUCAGUUACAGAGUAGCGAAGGAGGUAAGCAACGUAAAUCUGGAUUACUGCAGUAUUUUCCUUGAGUCAGUAUUACAAUUGUAUUUUAAAGAUUUGUACUUAAACUGUUGAAUAGUUGUCUGUAUAAAUCACAUUCUCUGUCCCGGCAUACUGAAGUGUGUGUGUUAUGGUGUUGUGAGGUUAAGUCUGGUUGUCUGGUCCCUUUUAAACCUCCUCGAGCCGCGAGUGAGGCGGCGCCCCACCUUGUAUCGGUUUUUUUGAAGACUCGGAUGCAUUAAGCUCGUAAUGCAACAGAUGCUACGUCACUUUUAAUUUAAAACGAUGUGAUUAUAAAACAAAUUCAUAAAAUGUGCAGCCACAACCCAAUCUGAAGAGCCACAGCUUCGAUCUGAACUCCAAAUCUAUUUAUUUGUGUAUUUUUUCUUGAGUGUGUGUACUGUAAAUCACUUCCAGCACUAAGGCCAGUGGUUGUUUGAAUGCGUUACUUUCUCUCAUCCUUUGAAUCGUGCUGUUAUUUUCUAUUGAAAAGAAAAGUGAGUGGGGGGGGGGGGUUGUCACCUGACUGUGGUCCAAUGUCUACUUUAGGUUCAGUUUAAUAGCUCAUUGCAGUCUUAAACAUUUAAUCUAGGUCCAUAUACAUUUGUCUUUAGGGGAUAUUUACACAGGAGAAUUAAUGGGAAGAUGUUUCGCAUUAAAGAAAACGAUCUAAAGGAUGUUUGUCGGCAGGUUGGGGGAAUGCAUGUCUGGUGUUCUGUCUAAAAAGUAACUGAUGCUUUGGUUCAGCUCUUUCAGUUUGGUCAGUUUAGGCCUGUCAACAUUUAGAUUUGGCAGCUCUCAGUGUUCGGUUUCUUCAUGGCUGCGGUGUUCUGUGUGGCAGCAGAGAGAAAGCUUUGCCCUGAAGAUAUUCACGGCCCUUAUGUUAACUGUUUGAGGAUCUCUCACUUUGCACUGCUGUACACUUUUAUAUCCUGUUGGAAAUGUCAUGUGGCCUCUGGCUUGUUCUUUUUCUUUGCAGCAGGGAGCACUUAGAGAAUGAUUGAAAGGUAGGCAGUGAUCAGUCUACUCCUCGCUGUGACUGCCUUGGUCUGUAGAUACAGGAGUGGAGCUGCCUGGCAUGUUAGGAACCAUCUUGUACACUUUAUGCUGGACACUGCUGUUUCUGCAAUGCAUUUACCCCCUUUUUUCACUUCCUGAAAUAAAUAUUUACACUAUCA